AUGAACUGCUACGCGUCAAGGAGCCAGGCGAAGGCUUGUCCGCCACUACGCCCCUUGGCGGCGCUCGACGACAACAAAACCGCCUCGCACGAGGGAGCUAUCCCCGCGGAGGCACUCACCGAGAUCCGCCUUGACUCUCCUGGCCCCGAACGUGUCGCGGCCCCGAUGCCUCAAUUCCACAAAGUCAGAUCCCGGAGCGCCGAAGAAGCUGGGGUCUCCAACGUCCCAGUUCGUGCUAUCACCAGUACCCUGGCACUUCUCAACCCUCUGCUCGGGGGUGGGCCCUCGCCAGACCAUCCCCCGUUGCCGUCGACGCUGUUUGGCAGACAUCUCCAGUACAUGAAACAUGCCCACGUGCUCUCCGGACGCAACCCACCCCUGUUUCCCAGCCACUGGAAGCCCAAGGAUCCUCUCUGGAUCGACUCGGGGAGGCUGUCCCAUAGACCCGAGGGCACUUUCGAGCGCGAGGCCGCCGCAACCCGUCUUGCGCAACUUCUCCGCAUGAACAUCGCGCUUAUCGACCGCGCGAAUUGGCAGCGCAUCAUUGGCGAGAUCCAUGUUCGGGAGGUCCGCGGGAGGUCGCCGGCGGGCCCUCGGCAUGCGACCGCGCCCGCGCGGCCGGAGGAACUGCCUGUUGGGGUACAAGAAGACGACGAUGGCGACCGGGAGCUGACCGAAGAAGAGAUGGUGCUCGAAGUUCUGGAGCUGACCUGGUCUGGCGGGGCGCUGGGUUUCCCUCCGCCCGUCAUUCCUCUCGAGAUCACCAGCCCUCUGUCCACCAGAAAGAGGGAUCUCUCGAGAUCAGGCCUGUGA